GCCCACAGCAGGGUCCGCAGAUUCGCUAGGUCGGCUCUUCCUCGGAAUUACUUGGGCCUCUCUAUACUCAGCCGAAAAUUCUCAUCGUACUCCGAGAGCAGCUUUGGGCCGUAGCCAUUUGCCCAGGGCCGGAACUGAGCAUCCCCUAAGCUGUGCUACUAAGAAAAAUCCCGAUAAAGUGGCCAACUCUGCCAACAGGGCUUGGCUAACCGGGCAUUAGUUUCUUGACUCCGCCAAGACGGGUGAAGGGAGGCGACAGCGAGGCCAGAACCUGUGGCGAAUCUGCAGCCUUCUAGGUCUUUGGCCGCGCGAGGAAGAGGCAGGAAAGAGGAGCGAAGGAGCGCGCAUCCCGUCCACCGAUUCGCCCCGCCCGCCUGACGAAUCUGCGCCUGUUCAACGCACCACUCAAAUCUCCCCAGCUCUGGCUGGCCUCCUCCCCUCCGCCCCGCCCCUCUUUCCUCAGGGAUUAGUCGCUGCUUCCGUCGCCGCCGAUUCGUCAAGGACCCCAGGCCAAAGCAGCUGGAUAGUCGUAGUGAAGCCCACUCUCCGGGGAAUGCGGCCAAUCUCCAGGUUCCCUGGGCCGCACCUUUCGAGCCUUAAAGGGCGCCGGCCGAGGCGAAGCCGCUUUCCUCGGCCCCGUGGAUCUCCUGGCGGCACCCAUGGCGAAAGUGCGAAUAUAGACGUUGUGCUCGCUGGGCCUCACGCAGUGUAAAUGAGCAAAGAUGGAUCAGGAAGGUGGGGGAGAUGGGCAGAAAGCCCCGAGCUUCCAGUGGCGGAACUACAAGCUCAUCGUGGAUCCUGCCUUGGACCCUGCCUUGCGCAGGCCUUCUCAAAAGGUGUACCGCUACGAUGGAGUCCACUUCAGCGUCAACGACUCGAAGUAUAUACCUGUGGAAGACCUCCAAGACCCCCGUUGCCACGUCAGGUCCAAAAACAGAGACUUUUCCCUCCCAGUCCCCAAGUUUAAGCUGGAUGAGUUCUAUAUCGGACAGAUCCCACUGAAGGAAGUGACUUUCGCGAGGCUGAAUGACAAUGUGCGGGAGACCUUCCUGAAGGAUAUGUGCCGAAAGUACGGUGAGGUGGAAGAGGUAGAGAUCCUUCUUCACCCCCGUACUCGCAAGCACCUGGGCCUGGCCCGCGUGCUCUUCACUAGCACUCGGGGAGCCAAGGAAACAGUCAAAAACCUCCACCUUACCUCCGUCAUGGGCAACAUCAUCCAUGCCCAGCUCGACAUCAAAGGACAACAGCGGAUGAAGUACUAUGAACUGAUAGUCAACGGCUCCUAUACCCCUCAGACGGUGCCCACCGGGGGCAAGGCCCUGAGUGAGAAGUUCCAGGGUUCUGGUGCGGCCCCUGAGACGACUGAAUCCCGCCGCCGCUCCUCCUCUGACACGGCUGCCUACCCGGCAGGCACCACUGGUGUGGGCACUCCUGGCAAUGGCACCCCUUGCUCCCAGGACACAAGCUUCUCCAGCAGCCGACAAGACACCCCAUCUUCCUUUGGCCAAUUCACCCCUCAGUCCUCCCAAGGAACCCCUUACACAUCUCGGGGUAGCACCCCCUACUCUCAGGACUCUGCCUACUCCAGCAGCACCACUUCAACCUCCUUCAAGCCCCGGCGCUCGGAAAACAGCUACCAAGAUUCCUUCUCCCGCCGCCACUUCUCCGCAUCUUCAGCCCCCACAACCACCUCCACAGCUGUCUCUGCCACGACUGCAGCCACUGCCUCCUCCUCCUCCUCGUCCUCCUCCUCGUUGUCCUCGUCCUCUUCGUCCUCCUCUUCGUCCUCAUCCUCUCAUUUUCGUGGUACUGACUCUAACUACCCAGCGUAUUACGAAAGCUGGAAUCGCUACCAACGCCAUGCUUCCUACCCUCCCCGCCGGGCGACUCGGGAGGAGCCCACUGGGGCAUCUUUUGCUGAAAAUGCAGCUGAGCGCUUCCCACCCUCCUACACCUCCUACUUGCCCCCUGAGCCCAGCCGGCCCACUGACCAGGACUACCGGCCUCCUGCCUCAGAAGCCCCACCCCCGGAGCCUCCAGAACCUGGUGGAGGCGGGGGUGGGGGGGGGCCCAGCCCGGAGAGAGAAGAAGCUCGGACCUCCCCCCGCCCAGCUUCACCUGCCCGCUCUGGCUCCCCGGCCCCAGAGACCACCAAUGAGAGUGUGCCCUUCGCUCAGCACAGCAGCCUGGAUUCCCGCAUUGAGAUGUUGUUGAAGGAGCAGCGCUCCAAGUUUUCUUUCCUGGCCUCUGACACAGAGGAAGAGGAAGAUAACAGCACCGCAGGCCCUGGGUCUAGAGACUCAGGGAGCGAGGUGCCUUCUGGGUCAGGUCACGGUCCCUGCACGCCCCCUCCAGCCCCUGCUAAUUUUGAGGAUGUAGCACCUACGGGGAGUGGGGAACCCGGGGCUACCCGGGAGUCUCCUAAGGCCAACGGACAGAACCAGGCUUCUCCAUGCUCUUCUGGAGAGGACAUGGAGAUCUCCGACGAUGACAGGGGCGGCUCACCCCCUCCGGCCCCAACACCCCCCCAGCAGCCUCCGCCUCCUCCUCCUCCGCCCCCUCCUCCCCCUCCUUACCUGGCUUCUCUGCCCCUUGGUUAUCCUCCCCACCAGCCUGCCUACCUCCUCCCACCACGCCCUGAUGGGCCACCACCCCCCGAGUACCCCCCACCUCCUCCGCCACCCCCCCACAUUUAUGACUUUGUGAACUCCCUAGAGCUCAUGGAUCGACUUGGGGCUCAGUGGGGAGGGAUGCCCAUGUCCUUCCAGAUGCAGACCCAGAUGUUAACUCGGCUUCACCAGCUACGGCAGGGCAAGGGAUUGACUGCUGCCUCAGCUGGUCCCCCUGGUGGAGCCUUUGGGGAGGCCUUCCUCCCAUUCCCACCCCCCCAAGAGGCAGCCUAUGGCUUACCGUAUGCUCUGUACACACAAGGGCAAGAAGGCCGAGGGGCCUACUCCCGGGAGGCCUACCACCUGCCUUUGCCCAUGGCAGCCGAGCCCCUGCCCUCCUCCUCGGUCUCGGGAGAAGAGGCCCGGCUACCUCCCAGGGAGGAAGCAGAGCUGGCAGAGGGCAAGGCCCUACCAUCAGCAGGCACUGUGGGACGUGUGCUGGCCACCCUUGUCCAAGAGAUGAAGAGCAUUAUGCAACGAGACCUCAACCGCAAGAUGGUGGAGAAUGUGGCCUUUGGAGCCUUUGACCAGUGGUGGGAGAGCAAAGAAGAGAAGGCCAAGCCAUUCCAGAACGCAGCCAAACAGCAAGCCAAGGAGGAGGAUAAAGAGAAGACAAAACUCAAAGAGCCGGGCCUGCUGUCCCUCGUAGACUGGGCCAAGAGUGGGGGUACCACAGGCAUCGAGGCCUUCGCCUUUGGAUCAGGACUGCGAGGGGCCCUGCGUCUGCCUUCUUUCAAGGUGAAGCGAAAAGAGCCUUCAGAAAUUUCAGAGGCCAGUGAAGAAAAGAGGCCCCGUCCUUCCACUCCAGCUGAGGAAGAUGAAGAUGACCCUGAGCGAGACAAGGAGGCUGGAGAGCCUGGACGUCCGGGGACCAAGCCCCCGAAGCGAGACGAAGAGCGAAGCAAGACCCAGGGCAAGCACCGCAAGUCCUUUGCUCUGGACAGUGAAGGAGAGGAGGCGUCCCAGGAGUCCUCCUCAGAGAAGGAUGAGGAGGAGGAUGAGGAAGAUGAAGAAGAUGAAGAACGUGAAGAAGCCAUGGACACUGCAAAGAAGGAGACCGAAGCAUCAGAUGGCGAGGACGGGGAAAGCGAUUCGUCCUCCAAAUGUUCUCUGUAUGCUGACUCAGAUGGUGAGAAUGACAGCACGUCGGACUCCGAGAGCAGCAGCUCAUCCAGCUCCUCAUCUUCCUCGUCUUCCUCCUCAUCAUCGUCAUCCUCAUCAUCAUCUGAGUCCUCCUCAGAAGAGGAAGAGGAAGAGGAGCAGCCGGCAACCAUACCCUCAGCAUCACCUCCCCCCAGAGAUGUCCCCGCACCCCCGCCAGCACCCGUGGAAGAGCCCGAGCCCGAGCGGGUAGCGGGCUCCCCAGCCACGCCCCUCCCUGAACAGGAGAAGUCUCCAGCAAGACCUGCAGGUUCCACCGAGGAGCCACCUCCCAGUGUGCCGCAGCCACCCACCGAGCCGCCGGUGGGAGCCCCGGCCCCGGCCCCCCGCCCAGACGAGCGCCCCUCCUCUCCUAUCCCCCUCCUGCCCCCACCUAAGAAACGCCGGAAAACUGUCUCCUUCUCUGCCCUGGAGGAGGUACCGGCCCCCGAGCCACCCCCCGUCACCCCGGCACAGAUCAAGUGUCCCGGCCCUGCCUCCCGCAAAGCCCCCCGGGCUGCAGAGCGGACCAUUCGAAACCUGCCCCUGGACCAUGCGUCUCUGGUCAAGAGCUGGCCCGAGGAGGUGUCCCGGGCAGGGCGGGGUCGCACUGGAGGCCGUGGCCGCUCUGCCGACGAGGAGGAGGCAGAGCCAGCGACAGAAGUGGACCUGGCGGUGCUGGCCGACCUGGCCCUGACCCCAGCCCGUCGCGGGCUGCCUGCCCUGCCUCCUGGUGACGACUCGGAGGCCACUGAGACAUCGGACGAGGCCGACCGCCCAGGCCCCCUGCUCAGCCACAUCCUCCUGGAGCACAACUACGCCUUGGCCGUCAAGCCGCCGCCCUCCACCCCGGCCCCUCGGCCCCUGGAGCCGCUUCCUGCCCCUGCGGCCCUCUUCAGCUCCCCAGCAGAUGAAGUCCUGGAGGCCCCUGAGGUGGUGGUGGCCGAGGCGGAGGAGCCAAAGCAGCCGCCGCCACCGCUACAGCAGCAGCAGCAGCAGCAGCAGCAGGAGGAGGAGGAGGAGGAGGAGGAGGAGUCCGAGUCUUCAGAAAGCAGCAGCAGCAGCAGCAGCGGUGGGGAGGGUGCGGUGCGGCGGCGCAGCCUCCGCUCCCAUGCCCGGCGCAGGCGGCCCCCGCCACCGCCCCCGCCCCCGCCACCCCCCACCUUUGAGCCCCGAAGCGAGUUUGAGCAGAUGACCAUCUUGUAUGACAUUUGGAACUCGGGCCUGGACUUAGAGGACAUGGGCUACCUACGGCUCACGUAUGAGCGGCUGCUGCAGCAGACGAGCGGGGCUGACUGGCUUAACGACACCCACUGGGUCCAUCACACCAUCACCAACCUGAGCACUCCGAAACGCAAGCGGCGGCCCCAGGACGGGCCCCGCGAGCACCAGACAGGCUCAGCCCGCAGCGAAGGCUAUUACCCCAUCAGUAAGAAGGAAAAGGACAGGUACCUGGAUGUGUGCCCUGUUUCGGCCCGGCAGCUGGAAGGAGCAGACACUCAGGGGACUAACCGCGUGCUUUCGGAGCGCCGGUCUGAGCAACGGCGGCUGCUGAGCGCCAUUGGCACCUCUGCCAUCAUGGACAGUGACCUGCUGAAGCUGAACCAGCUCAAGUUCCGGAAGAAGAAGCUCCGGUUCGGCCGGAGCCGGAUCCAUGAGUGGGGUCUGUUUGCCAUGGAGCCCAUUGCAGCCGACGAGAUGGUCAUCGAGUAUGUGGGUCAGAACAUCCGCCAGAUGGUAGCCGACAUGAGGGAGAAGCGCUACGUGCAGGAGGGCAUCGGCAGCAGCUACCUGUUCCGGGUGGACCACGACACCAUCAUCGAUGCCACCAAGUGCGGCAACCUGGCGAGGUUCAUCAACCACUGCUGCACGCCCAACUGCUAUGCCAAGGUGAUCACCAUCGAAUCCCAGAAGAAGAUUGUGAUUUACUCCAAGCAGCCCAUCGGUGUGGAUGAGGAGAUCACCUACGACUACAAGUUCCCACUGGAGGACAACAAGAUCCCCUGUCUGUGCGGCACCGAGAGCUGCCGCGGCUCCCUCAACUGAGGUGGGGCAGGACUGGUGCCCGCGCCCCUAUUUAUUCCCCGUGGUGCCCUGAGCUCCCUGCGCCCCAGCCUUAGCGGGUUCUGCAGGCCCCACCUACCCCUGUCUCGAGAUACGGGGUUGGGGGGCCCCAAGCCCAGCGAGGGAGCCUCAGUCCCUUGAGGCAGCUUCUGCCUCCCCCAUCGCCCCCACCCACCUACCCCCUAACUUUUUUUUCUUUGCGGAGAAGAAGCUGUAAAUGUUUUGUAGCUGCCAGCAGCUGUUUCCUGUGGAAACCUGGGGUGCCGGCCUGUACAGAUCUUGUUCUUGGGGGGCUGCAUAGCCCCCUUGCUUUGUGUUAAUGGGGACUUCCCCUGUGUGCCCUGCGUGCACCCCUCCCCAGUUUAGGGGUCUCUAGGGGCAGUGGCCAUGUUCUCCCCCUGGGGGGGGCCCUGUGCCCCCAGUCCUAGGGACUCCGUGCCUGGAACCCUGCCUCAUCUUCUGUUCCUGCCAGACCCUGUGGGUCACCCUCCCACCCUGGCGUCUGGAAGCUCCUGCUCCGCCAGGCCAGGAUGGUGGGAGGCGGGCCCUUCCUGUUGGGCUGGAUUGUACAUAUGUUAAUAGCGCAAACCCAACGCCACAUUUUUAUAAUUGUGAUUAAACUUUAUUGUACAAAA